CAGUGGAUCUGCUAAAAAGAGUUAAAAUUACUUUUCUGCAAAAAUAUUCAGCUUAUGCGAAAGUCCAAACCAUCUACAAAGGCAAAGAAAGAAAAAGCAGGACAGAAAGCGGAAAAGCCUGCUACUGCCAUACAGCCCCUCACAGAAGAUGCAAUGGGCGUGCUAUUAAGAGCAAAAAAUUACCAGGCGUACCGAAAGACCUCCAACAACAAAACAAAUGAAUACGCAGAAGCCAUAUCCGCACUGCUUGAUGAACAAAAGGCCCAGGAGAAAGAAGAAGCAAAGAAAAAGAUGCCAAGCAGCUUCCAUGUAAAUAAAAUACAAGUAACUGAGGAAAGCCAUAGCAAGAAAGACACCAGCAUGGAAGCAGACAAAUCCACAUCAGAUGAAAUAAAGGAAGAGGAUACUUCCGAAAUAAAAGAAGAUACUGCUGAUGCAAAAGAAGAAACCCCAAGCAAAAUAGUAAGUCUUAGUACAUGGGCACUAAAGUUAGUUCCAACCACUGACAAUUCUCUGGAUUUAAUUGUGCUUGGUGUAAUAAAAGGCAGCGAUGAUAUAGUACAGAGCUCUUUUAUAAAGAAAAGAGCGUCUAUUCGGCAGGUUAUGUCUAAAAAUACAACAUAUAUCUUGGAAAACUCCUGUGACAGCACGGUGACUCCAUUUCCGGGGUUCCGGGAUAGCACUUUAAACAGGUUCAAAAAUGGAUUUCCAUCUAACUGGAGUGCUCUUAUUCGGGCAGAGGUAAGAUAUUUACAAAAAAUGAAUCAGACAGCAGAGAAGGUAAACAAGCCAGAAGCCAGAACAAAAAGAAGGCGCCUGAAAUGA